AUGUCCAACAGAAAUAAAAAAUCUAAGAGUCCAUAAUUGCAGCAACCUAAAAAUAUUGAUAAGGAUCUCAUGAAAUAUCUAAUAUAUCAAAAGAUUGUUAAGCCACAAGCCCCAUUAGAAUUAAUUACUAAAACUUAGCCUGAUGAGGAUUCUGAAGUUGAAGAUUUCAAACUCGAAAUAGAAAUGAAGUAAUCUCAAAUUUAAUUCAAACUUAGAUAUAAGAGUUGUAAAAUAAAUCACACUUUUAAAUUUCCCAAAGAAAACUAUGAAUCUUCAUCCGAUACAUCUUUGUAAUCUCUAAAGGAUGUUACUACUUAUAAUCUAAAUUGUGAUAAUUUGGAUCGAUUGACUGAUGCAACAUAGCCACAUUUUAUGAAAGCAUUAAAUGAGAGACUUAUGAAAUUAACCGAUCUUAUUGUUGAUGAAUCAUAGAUCAAAACCAAGUAACACAACUAUGCUCCAAACUUGAAAUCCUCCAGAAUGCAGAAAUUAAGGGGAACAAACAUAUCUAACACUUCCAUCACCAAACCAACAGAACUCUCCUUGAAUGCAGCUAGUUAAAGCCAAGGAAGAGAAAGUGUGAUCACUAAACCUCCUUCCAAUCUUGGAUUUAGAGCCACACCCACACUUUCAUCUGAAAAGAAAAAUAGAUCUAAAUAAAUUCAAUAAAUCUUAAAAAUUACUUAACAAAAAUACACAAACAGCCAAAACAUAGGUGGAACAUUUUAUAAAAAAACACCUUAAGUGAACAACAACUACAUCAACAUCAAUUCCAACAUUAAUAAUAGUAUUGUAGUUACAGGCAAAAGAAACAUUUAAGAUAUUCGCAUUAAAACCGAAUAAGAUGAACCAGAACCUAAUUUGAAUCAAUAUUAAGUUGUUCCAAACUCUAGACCUAAAAUGAGGGAAUCUACCUUAAAGGGUAAAAAAUUGGAUAUUUCAAUUGGUUAUAAGAAUCUCACCUUAGAUAGUCAAUAUUUAGAAAACUACAGUCGUAAUGCUAAGAGUUAGAAUAAGAGUUAUAAGGUUUGA